GGACUUUAUAUUAUUGAGGUUAGGUUUAUGUUCACAUGUAGAUUCGUAAUAACAACGUUUAAGUGGUUUUAAUAUUAUGGAGUAAUGAGUAUGUCAAGUUUAAUAAAUAAUAGUAUAUAAUUCAAUUGUUUAACAAGUUAAUAAUUUAUUUUGACAAUGGAAAAUAUUAAAAGUCCCUCAUCUUCAGAGGAAACUCCUUCUGGAGUCAUCACUUUUGGAGAUGAAGAUCCAAAAUUAAUUGCGUUGAGAGAAGAAUUUUUAAAUCUUAAAAAAAAAAUUAUUACAUCUAAUGAUUUAUUGUCUAUGGUUAAUGAACAAACAGAUAAAACAAAAAAGCUUGAAAGAAAAAAUGGUGAAAUGAAAAUUAAAUAUGAAAAUGAUCUAAAAAAACAAGAAACAGUUUGGAAAACAAAAAAUCUCAAGUUAAACGAAGAAAUAGAAGAACUUACAAAAAAGUUAAAUAAAAAUGGUUUUAAAAAAAAUGAGAGUGAAGUUGAAAAAUUAGCAUGUGAGGUAGCUAAAAAAAAUCAAGAAAUAGAAAGAUUAAAUCGUCAAAUAAAAAAAAUAGAAGAUACACAUGAUGAAAAAGUAAUAACAAUGACAUGUGAAUUACAAGCUUAUGAAAAUAAAUUAAAAGAAUAUGAAAAUGAAAAAGUUAAAUUAACAAAAAUCAAUCAAUCAUUAAAUGAUAUGCUUGGAAUUGAGUCAUCAACAAAGAAAAGAAAAAAAACAACUAAAUUUCCAUCACCACGAGUUAAAAAUAAAUCAAUUGAUUUAGAUUUAAAUUUAAUUGAUGAUUCUGAUAUUAUUAUACCAAAUACAAUUGAUGAUAAUCAACAAUCACUUGUCAGAGAUAUUAAAUUAUCUCCAACUUAUGAUGAAAAUAAUCUUCCAAGUUUAUCAUCAAUGAUAGAUUUAAAUGAAGAAAAACCAUCCAUAGAUUUAUCAAAAAUAUUAAUAACAAUUCCAUCUGAUUUUAAAGCUGAUAUACCAAUAAAAUGUGACCAGUCAACAAUGACUGAUGAUUUAAAUAAAUCAUUAUUUAUCAAUGAUGUUGAUAAUAAUCUUCCAAGUUUAUCAUCAACAACAAAUUCAAAUAACAAUAAACAAUUAGUCGAUUUAUCAAAUAUAUUAACAACAACUCCAACAAAUUUACCAAUUAAAACUGAUCAAUCCACAAUGACUGAUUCAUUGGUCGAUGAAAAAGUUAAACCAGAAAGAAAUAAUCAGUCAACAAUGACUGAUGAGCCAAUAAAUAAUUCAUUAGUCGACGAAAAACCUAAAUCAGAAAUGAAUGAUCAGUCAACAAUGACUGAUGAAUUAAUAAAUAAUUUAUUGAUUGAUGAAAAAAUUAACCCAGAAAGAAAUGAUCAGUCAACGAUGACUGAUGAGUUAAUAAAUACAAAUAAAUCAUUAAUUGAGGAACAAAUUGAACCAAUAAAAUGUGAUCAACCAACUGAUAAAUUAAUAAAAAAAAAUAAAAUUAAUUUAUUGUUUGGUGAUGAUACAGAUAAAGAUGAAGAUGAUGAGGAUAAUGAGGAUGAUAAUAAUGAUAAUGUUCCCAGUUUAUCAUUAACAACAACAACAUCAAAUUUCAAUAGAGAUAAACAACAAACUAAUGUAUCAAAAAUUCCAACCAAUUCAACAAUUGAUAGAGAAAUACAGACUUGUGAAAUAAAUAAACCAAAACAAUGUAAUCAAUCAAAAAUGACUGAUGAAUUAAUUGAUAAUUCUACCAAUGAUAUUUAUCCAUUAUUUUGUAAUAAAUGUAAAAUUCCUAUUGGUGCAAGAGCUGUUGAUAUAAUUGUUGAAACAAUGAAAGUAUUGCCACCUCCAUUGGUACCUGAAUUUUCAAAGUCUCCAGUUAAAUCAAAGUCUUCAAGAAAUAUUGAAAAUAAUUCUAGCUCAUCAGUUGUUAAUGAAAAUAUUAGUUUGAAUGUAGCAAAUAAUUCAAAACGUCUUGAUGAUAUUGAAAGAAGGUUAAAAAUUUGUGAAGAAUAUCGUGCUGCUCCAGCAGUUGAUAAUUUUGAUACUUUUACUCAAUAUCUUGCUAGAGUAGCAAAUAUAGCAGGAUCACAUAGAACAGAAGAACCAUCAACAUCAUCAUCAGUUUAUCGUGAAAAAAGAAAAAUUGAUCAGUUAAAAAUACAAAAAACAACAUCACGAAAAAGAAAAUUAAGUGCAAUUAAUUGUUACGAUGAUACUAGCUAUGAUAAUGAUGAUAAUUUUGAUGAUUCAUUGAGGCUAUCAGACAAUAUUAAUGGUAGUUAUGAAGAAGGUAUAAAUCGUCAUGAUUUUAAUGAUUCAAAUAUCAAUAAUAAUGUACUGCACAAUGGUUUAAAUCAAUUUUCUAAAAUUAUUACUAAUAAUAAAACAAGAACCACAGUGGGAAUUCAUAGACCAUCAGGUAGUAAUGAAAAUAAUUUAAACACAAUGCUAGAUGAAAGUCCAAGAGGUAAAAAAAGAAAAAAUUCAGUACCAGAUGAUGUACAACCAUUAAAAAAAUUAAUAACUACAAAAAAACAGGGAAAUAUUAUUAAAAAAUGUAAUAAUUUAAGAAAAAAUAGUUCAGGUAUGGUUCCAAUUAUUAUGAAAACAAAUAAAAAUAAUAAUGAAGUGAUUGAAAAUCAAGUUGAUGAACCACCUGAACCAGAUUUACCCUGUAAAAAAAAAAUAAGAAAAGCUCAUACAUCUAAGGCUAAUGUAAUUGAAGAUAAUCAAAUAAUUGAUGACAAUAAAAUUCAUGAUAAAUCAAUUGUUAAAACAUUGUUUGAAAAACGAAUAACAAGAUCAGACAAGCAAAAUUGUAUUCAAAAUAAUACAAGUAUUAAAAGUGUUGAAAAAAAAUCUGUCAAGUCUGGUGGUAAUGUUGUUGAUAGUAAUAAAGUGAAUGAUGUUAAGAAAAAUUUAAACGUUGAUCUAAAUGAUGAUAAGAAUAAUCAAUUAACUGAGCCAGUUGCCAAAGAUGUUGAGGAAAAAAAUAUUGUAGAAAGUGAGAGUGAAAUGAAAACAGAAAAAGCAAAUGAAAUUGACAAAAAUAAUGAUAAAAUUGAAGAAAAUAAUAAAGCAUGUGAUUUAAAUUUAACUCCUGAAGACGUAGUUGAUGAAGAAAAAAGUGAAGUAAAAAAUUUAAAUGAAACAAAGGAUGAUAUAGAAAUGACAGAAGAAACAAAUAAACAAGAGAUUGAUGAACCAAAUGAAAACAAAGAAAUUGACAAUAAUGUUUUACAAGUGUCUGAAGAAAAAAUAGAACCCAUGGAUAUUACAAACUGUUCAUCAGAAAAUUUAGAUGAUAAAAAAAUUGCUUUAAAAGAUUUAGAUACAAAUAGCUUAGAAAUAGAACAAAUGGAAUAUAAUAAUGACAGAUUAAUCGAUGAUCUUAACCUGACAGACAGUGAAGAUGAACUUGAAGUAAGCUGUCCAUCAAAAGAUCUAGAUGAUAAAAAAUUAGCUUUAAAAGAUUUAGAUACAAAUAGUUUAUUAGUAGAAAAUCAAUUAAUAAAAAAUAAAGUUGAAAUAGAAAAAGAUCUUGAUAUGUCAGGCAGUGAAGGUGAACUUGAAAUAUCAAUGGCUACAGAUGAUUUAUCAGAGCCACCAAUUGAACAAGAUAUUAUUUUCGAAGAAAAUAAAAUACUAGAAAACUUAUCAAGUCCUGACAAACUGUUAGAAUCACCGUCACCAAAAAAAUUCAAGUCACCAAUAAAACCACCAGUGCCUUGUUCACGAGAAUUAAGAAAUCGUCGAGUAUCAACAAGUCCAAAUGAGCCAACAUCAUCAAGCUCAAAAAAAACAAUUCAAUGUUACUUGAAUGAAUAUUUACAAAAAAAUAAAGAUCAUACAAAACAAAUAAAACCAUUAUUAAAAGGUAAAAGUCUUCAAAUUGCUGUAUCUUAUAAAGAAAAAUUUGAAAAUAUUAUAAAAAAUGAAUUGAACACGUUGAUAAAUCAUCCUGAAUGGAAUAAAGAUAUUCAAGAGUCAGUAACAUUAAAUUUAGUUAAUACAAACAAUCAACGACUUGUUGCAAAAUGUAUAGUUGAAUUAUUAAAUGACAAAUCAACAGAUGAAGAUGAUGAUGAUGAUAAAUUAGAUAAAAGUUAUUCACCACCAGCUCCAUUGAUGACUGUUAAAGAACAAAAAAUAAUAUGUUUAAUAGUUAAUAUUGAAAAUAAAAUGCCAGAUAUAUUUUCAUGGAUUUAUAAAACAAUUGAAAAAAUUUUAUUUACACUUAAUAAUACAAAGAUAAAUAAAAAUUCAUGUUUAUCAAGAAUUUAUGUUGUAUUAUCUAAAAUUAAAAAAGACAGAGAACGUGUUAGAAUAAUGUGUUGUGAUGCAUUAUAUUGUUUAAAAUUAAAUGCAUUACAUAUUAUACAUUCGGCAAUAACAACUUGGCCAGAAGUAUUGCCAUUUUAUGAUUCAAAUAAAGAACAAUAUUUAAUGUGUUCUAUUGCUCAUAUUAUAACAUCUGAUACACAAGAUAAUACACAGAUAAUACAAGUUAAAAAAAUGAUAAAAGAUUAUUAUAAAUAUCCAUGUAAAAGUGAUGAUCCAAUGUCAACUAGUAUAACAAAUAUGUUAAUUAAUGCAUUUAUUUUAAAACCUGAUAUAGAAAUUAAAACAGCAAUUAUUUUACUUGCUAAAAAAGAAGAUUGUCAUUGGACAUAUAAAAAUAUUAUUCCAAGAUUAAUUGAAAUUAUUUGUGAUAAAAAAAAUCCAAUGAUUAUUGGUGAUGCUGUUAAAUUAAUUGGAUCUAUAUUGAGAAGUUUUCCAGUUCCUGAUGAUGGAACUGUUGGGAAAAUUAUUGAUCAGCUACGUUAUCUGAUUGAUGUUGGUCCAACUUCACCUGAUAUACAAGAAAGUUUGAUAACAGCACUUUUAAGUUUAUCACGUUUUAGAUUUGAUGAUGUUGCUAGGACAGUCAUGAACUGGGAACCUCCUGGUGGUGUUUUAUCACCAAUUUUACAAGAACAAUUUGAUGCUUUUUUUAAAUUACGUAGUGCUGAUAGUUGGACAAAAAUUAAAAACAAAACUCAAAAAUUUAGUAAAACUAAACAUUUUUUACCAGCUUGUACAAAUUUAAUUGAAGCAUUACAAUUGAAAGAAUAAAUUUUUUAAUUAUUAGCGCUGGUCGCAAUUAUUAUAGGUAUAGGAUUAAUUAUUUAAAUUUAAAACAAAAGAAUUAUUUACAUAAAACCAAGAUGGCAGAGUGUAUCAUGUACAAAAGUUAAAUUUGCUAAAUCGAAUGAACAGUUUAGGUUUUUUUUUUAUUCAAUUAAACAUUUAAUAAUUUAUUAGUAUUUCAAGUUGGCAUUUAUUUUUUUUUUUUUUGUUAUAAACAAUUAUUUUUGUAAUUUAUUAUUUGCGCAUGUGCAGUAAUUGCACAACAAAGGCUCCAUAUUUUUUUUUUACACGAGAGAAAAAAAAAUAAUAGAAUAUCGACGCUUG